UCCAGAGGUUUUUCUAUUCUACCCAUCAGCACUGGAACCAAAGGGUCUCCAAGCCAAAGGAAAAACUUGUUUUCAACUAUUUUAUAUGAAAUAUUUACAUACGUAAAAAAUGUGGUGGAGCCUGAAUGAAAUUUCUCCUCUGAUUCUCUUGAUAACUUAUCUAAUAUGUCAGGAUUCAGUUACAGCACAUAGUGAGGUAACAGGAUUGCCUUCCCAGAGGCCGGUAUCAUUUACUCUCUUCAGAAGAACCAGCAGAGAUGUCAAUACUCCGGCUCCUGUGAACUGUCAGCUAAGCCAGUGGUCAGAAUGGACUGGUUGCUUUCCUUGCCAAGAGAAAAAAUACAGAUACAGAACUUUGCUACAGCCUGCCAAGUUUAAAGGGAGUAAAUGCGUUGGUCAUCUCUGGGAUGAGGCAGCAUGCCGAGCAACAGAACCAUGUGCAGCAAGCCAACGCUGUGGAAAAGAUUUUCAGUGUGAGGAGACAGGUCGCUGUAUUAAACGUCACCUUGUAUGUAACGGAGAGCCAGACUGUAGAGACGGAUCUGAUGAGAAUAACUGUGAGGAUGAAGAUACUGAAAGCCUCUGUGAAAACCUAGACCCAAUUCCUGGGUCUGAAAGAGCAGCCCAAGGAUACAAUGUUCUUACACAAGAAGAAAUGCAAUUUGUAUACGAUCCUAAAUAUUAUGGAGGCCAGUGUGAGUACAUUUACAACGGAGAAUGGCGGGAAUUGAAGUAUGACUCUGCAUGUGAACGUUUGUACUAUGGGGAUGAUGAGAAAUAUUUUAGAAAACCCUACAAUUUCCAUGUAUAUCAAUUUCUAGCUCAUGCUGAUUCUGGAUUCUCUUUUGAGUUUUACGAUGAUUCGAGAGAUUUAUUUGAUGCCAUAAAAAAAGAUAAAUCCACAAAUUAUGGUUUUACCUUUGGAAUAGGUUAUGCUAAAAUACCUGCCUCUUUUGAGCUAGGUUUCAGUUUAUCACAGGGUAAAGGAUCCCUGAAGAAUUUCACGCAGUAUAACGAGAAGAACGUAGGAUUCAUUAGAGCCAUAACAAAGGUACAGACAGCACGGUUCAAAAUGAGACGGGAUAACAUAGUUCUGGAUGAAGAUGUGCUUCAGUCUCUGAUGGCGCUUCCAGACAGCUACAACUAUGGAAUGUAUGCCAAAUUUAUUAAUGACUAUGGUACCCAUUUCAUGACAUCUGGGACCAUGGGAGGCAUCUUUGAAUAUAUCCUCGUCGUUAACAAAGAAGAAAUGAAAAGAAAAGCCAUUACGUCUGAAACAAUAAGCUCCUGUUUUGGUCUGUCAGGAGGCCUCAUAUACCAAAAGGAAAAAUUAGACAUAUCAAUGACACUAUCAUACAAAAAGUGUGAGAAGGACGCAUUCCUUGAAACUGAUCAUGAAACCAAUAGUGCAGUAGUGGAAGAUAUUAUUCCUCGGAUUCAAGGUGGAGAUGUUGGUUCAAGUGGAGGGCUUUUAAACAGUUGGAAUGCCAAUAUGUAUCGUCGCUGGGGAAGGUCAUUAAAAUAUAAUCCUGCUGUUAUUGAUUUCGAGCUACAACCCAUACAUGAAAUCCUCCAUAGAAGCAACCUUGAUGAUAUUGAAACAAAAAGGCAAAACCUGAAAAGGGCUUUGGACGAGUACUUAACAGAGUUCAAUGCCUGCCGCUGUGGCCCUUGUCAGAACAAUGCUGAAUCCAUGCUUCUCGGGGACGUCUGUGUUUGUCAGUGCCCACAGGGUUAUGAGGGCCCAGCCUGCGAGAAGACCAGACGCAAAGGCAGUAAGACAAAUGGUAGCUGGAGCUGCUGGUCAUCCUGGACUCCCUGCCAGUCUGGAACAAAGAGACGUACGAGGCAAUGUAAUAACCCAGCCCCGCAAAAUGGUGGCACAUGGUGUGCUGGAAAGAAUGUGCAGACAGAGACAUGCUAAGGGCUGGCUAUGUCUGGGCUAAGUUAUGACACUAAUUAAUGAGAGUAUAUGUUAGAUAAUGUUUUGCAUAGUAGGCUGUAGCUACCACUGGAGUAACCCAGCUGAAGUCAAUAGAAUUACACUAGUGAUAAAUCUGGCCUAUAGUUUUACAUUCAUAGGAAGAUAUAGUGGAGCCACCAAAUGAAAUCUGAACAUUGCCCAGUAAAUUCUGAAAAACACACACACACACACACACACACACACACACACACACACGCAUUUUACCCUCAAUUUGUGAUGACAGGUUGCAAGACGAUGGAGAAUCAGGGCAAAUAUUUUUUACUGAACAACAAUGUGGCUUAUAAAGUAAUAAAGCAAUUUAGUAAACCAGUUUACAUAGUAAGCUUCACUAACUGAAAUGUUUUAAUUUGUCUUCCAAAGGCAAAUACAAAACUCAUGAUCCUUGCAUUGAAUAAGUUUUGUGUUGCCAUGUGUGUCAUAUAAUUUUUAUUUCUUUAACAAGGCAAGCAAGCUAUUUCAGGUUGGUGCAGUCAGAACUUUAAGCACAGCAUAUCUGGCAGGAUCCUGCUUCCAAUGACUCCAAAUGGCUUUUUGCUGUCAUUUUCAAUGGGAGCAAUAUUAAGCCCAAAGAUGCUAAAGUUCCAGGGUGAAAUGUUAAUAGAAAUUGAUGAGGAAUAACAAAAUCAGAGCCAAAUGAAACCGUUCUUUGGAGGACAUUCCUGCACAAACGAGGCUAUUCCUCUUUAAGAUCAGUGAUGACUCGGCCAUUAGAACACAAGCAUUUUAUCUCCAAGGCACCCAGAGCUGGAGAAGAUGUUAACGGGUUUGUUGAUUUAAGAGCCCUUUUUGAAUGUAAGAGGUAAAUCUUAGUGCAAGAAUACGUACAGUACUGAACUGCAGCCAAGACUGCAGAGAGAGUCCACUGCUCAGCGCUUCUAAUGAACUGCUGUAAAAACCUGGAGUGGAUGGCAAUUGAAUGGCACUUAGUUUUACUGUGCUUUUCAUUAAAAGGGAGGAAAAAGAGUCAUGAAUGUGAAUCUGGUAUUAUGAAAAAACAAACAAGUACAACAAGGAACAACGCUUGGGAAAGAGGGAGAAAAAUGCUAUGGUACCAUUAUUCAGCAAAAGAAAUUGCUGGCUUUAAUUGGUGAAUUAGGGCCAAGGCCACAGCUGGUGUAAAACAGUGGAGUAGCUCCACUGACUCAGCAGCUUGACACCAGCUGCUCAGCUCGAGCCCCAUAUUUUUGAGAGUUUGCCAGAAAGACAAACAUUUUUCAUUUGACCUUGACUGUAUUUGUCACUUUUGUUUGCAAAAACUAGAGGCUAUUGUCCUGUAAGAGGGAGUGCAUUGUUUUGACUUGAACAUCCAAAAGGUCAUUUUCUGAGACAAUGGCAAAAAUCUCUCUACAACAUUGGUACUUGGAGGUUAAUUCACAGAUCUGCUCAGAAGUUGCAGCUUUUUGCUAUUUUUGCAGAGAACGGCCGUGUUCACCAGGACUGAAGCCACAAACACUAGCUCGUGAAUAAAUAUUUUAAGCCCUUCACCCUGUAACUAGCUCCACUGGGGUGGGAUACCACAACUGUGCAAAGCUUGAUUGAAAUCUUCGUGACUGCAGGGGCCUGCCCAUGCAACCAGUCGUAAGAUUGGGCCUUAGUUUUAAUAAUCUAUGGCAUUAUUAAUAACAAAGGAAUGGCAAUUGUGUGCAAAUAUAUGGGGCAAUGCAGUUACAUUAAUCUGGCCCAUCGUUUUUACCUAAUACUGUCCUUUUAGGUAAAAACGGAACUGAAAGGAACCUAGUAACUACAGAAUGGUUUUUAGCUAGAAGCAAUAACUGGGAUUCAAUUUCACUUUGCCUUUAUCCACCCUGAAUGUGUAAUAUUCCAGGAGAGGGCUCAAGACAAGGAGACACUGUCACAGCAUCUAGUCAAAUGCCCCUUCUUGGACAAUCACUAUACUUCUGUGACAGCUGCCGAAUCCCGUGUGCUUUAAGCCUCCACAGUCUGAACAGUGCCCAUGCACUGUCCCUACCUUGGGGUCCUCAGAGCUUUGACCCUGUGGUCCAGUUGCUUGACCCUUGGGACCAGUGCUGACACCCGCCCCACGCCCCGCCUUCCCACAACGUCCUCAUUGGUUCAACGCACCCUCACUCAGUACUCCAGCCAUGUGGUCAUUCUUGGUCCACAGGUUUAACGCUUCCAGAGCAUGUGGUAGGUAACACAUCAUACACACACACACUUUGCACAGGAUUUUAACACCAUUGCUCUGUACUCACACAAUAAAUACAUAAAUCUAUAUUAAAUGUUAAACCCUACAUGCAUUUCCCUGCCUCAAUUUCCACAUCACUCCCUGGCAUUCUUUGGGCUGGGCUCACAGGUCUCUGGGGGCAUUCAGGAUCCUUCUCCUGCAGUGCAUGGCUUGUCUUCUCAGUCAUGGAGUCUUCAUCUCUCUUUCCAGCUCAUCGUGCUCUGAUCUUGGUUGAUCCCCUCAGCUAAAUCACCCCUCCCUCCAGCUAUGAAAGCAUCCCAGUCUUUUUCCCUCUCCUGCCCCAAACUUCCUGUGUGGCUCUCUGAGUCUUCCCUGAUGCAUCCAUCCUCUGUGAUUUUUAAAGGCUAACAUCAGUACCUUGGUUUGUUUGCCCUGCUGCUGCUAAUUUUCCACUCUCCAAACCCCUGCCCCCUGUUGAGGGAUUGAGGUAAGCUGUUCUCACUUGAGAAAAACUGCGUAGCAUGCCCAUUGUGUGGUCAGACUACAGAUGGUAAGACUAACUACUCUCUGUUCUCCCUAAUCUGAUGGGGAUGUGCUAGAAACCUUGUCAACCCAUGGUGGAUUCCAUAUUAACAUAGAGGCAUUCAAUGUUACAGCAAUUUUUAUAGUAACAACUUCAUCAUAUCAACCUGAAGUCUUAAAUUGUACAGAGCUAUUUCUCCAAAUGGUCAUAGAUCUAUAGGGGAGACUGUUCAACAAUCUCCUUAUAACAAAUGACAGUGAAACACAAAUGCUGAGGUUUUAUUCAAAUGUCAAAUAGAAGUCUUCUAACUCCCCCGAGGCUUUCCCACUACAUCCAGGACCCAGACAUGCUCCGAGCUGAAACUGAGAAUUCAGAGCAAUGAAGGGGAAAUGCAGAGAAAGAGGGAACCUGCCUGUGUGGUCUGUAGAAGAUUAUGAGAAAUUAUGCAUUUAUGAUCUAGUCAAAGAAACUAAGAUAACCAACAAUGAGAUCCCAGCAUGCAAGUUGCACCAGAAGAGGAAAAGAGUAGGUUUCUUACCUAAACUAAAAUCUUAUAAGGUACAUUAAAAUAGCAUUCCAUCCUGCUUUUAAUGAAUGAAUUCUACCCUCCUGCACACGGAUACAUAUUUGAUGCAGCUAUUUAUCCUAUAUAUUUCUUCAGGGAUAUCUCCUCAGAGACCUUGUUUAUUUCUCUUAUAGUUAAAUGCUGGAUGGAUGAUGCUGAGAAUAAACAGUCUCAAGAUCUGAUAAUUUUAUGCAUAUAAGCAAACAAGUUUAUUAACAAAGGGAGGGCAGCAAGGAACCAGAACACAACAGACAACAGCAAAUGAUUGAUGACAGUACACCUUAGGUUGCAAGGUGCAGACCCAAGAUAACUGGCA